CACUAUGAGGCAGGCCCCGCGGUAUAAUAUUCUGUUCUUCCUUGGAUUGCUUUUUCUUCUGUCCACACUAGACCAAGGGCCAACGUACGUGCUUGCGGCAAACGACAAACAUGUAAAAGAUCCACUUUACAAGCAUCCGGGAGGCCUCGGUCGUCAACAGAGGCCCAGACAUCCACCUCUUCCUCCAAUACCUGAAGAAGGAGAUGGUCCGGCAAGACGUGAUGGGUGGGAUCAAAUAAUGCAAAAUACAAACGUUGCUGGAAUAGGAGGUCCACCUCUUACGAGAUUCUUUUAUCACCCACGUAAUCCACAUGCUCAAGGGCCCGCACCCCAUGUGCCGCCACCUCGUCGACCGCUACCUCCUCUGCCACCAGCUCUUGGACCGCGACGCCCUGUUCUUCCACGCCUUCCUCCUCAACCCCCUGGGCCACCACCGCUUGGGCCACCAGCCCAUGGCCUUCCGCGCCUUCCUCCUCCACCCCCUGGACCUCCACCCGCUGGGCCACCACCACGUGCACCAGCCCGCAAUCGUCAAUUGGGAGUGGAAGCGGGAAACGCCAUGCGGAAGCCGCAAAUUAUUCAGGCUUUGCUUGCCUUGGAAGCAGACGACAGCGAGCUUCUAGAAUGUUGGGAAAUUGUCAAAGAGCGCCAGGACGACAAUUGUGCCGCGAACGACAGCGAGUCCAAGCGUCGCCAGCAACGCGCACUUCAGAUUUCCGCAAAGUAUCCCUCUGGACAGUGGUUGCUGACCCUUGUCCAUCGGGACAACGAUGCCCCGGCGGAGAAGCUGUUACGAUCGCGCUACGACCCACCACCGUAA